AUGGAUCCACUCACGAUCACAGCCAGCGUUCUCUCAAUCACGACAAGAUGUAUACACAUCGCCAAGGAUCUCAGCGACCUGCGAGAAAAGUUCAAGGAUGCUCAGAUGAUGAUCUCCGCCAUCUGCUCCGAGUCAACUGUAAUCAGUGCCUCGCUCGCGCACAUCCAGACGAUUGUGCUGUCCAACCCGGACGCGCUUACCACGCAGUUACAAUUCCGGCCGGAGCUGGAGGGCGCCUUUGACACGGCGCUCACCGGCUGCAUGAUGGUCUUCUCGGUGCUCCAGGACGAGGUCCAGUCACUGACCUCCAGCAGUAAGAGUGCAUCAAAGGACAUUGGCUGGUCUAUCAAAGCAAAGUAUCUCUGGAAAGAGGAGAGCAUGAAAGAUCUUCUGCAGCAGUUGCGUGGGCAGCAGACGGCUCUUACGCUGCUUAUACAGGCGCUACAGAUGGAGAAACUCUCGGAUAUCCGCCAAUUGCUACAGAACAACAAUACUGUGUUGGAGCAGGUUGUGCGCCGGACACUGACGCUCCGUCGGACGCAUCCGAGGGUCAGAGUACCGCAGUCGAUCAAAGCGCCCCAAUCUAUCUUCGAUGCUGGCACGGAUGAUGCGGAAAGCAUCCUCAAUGUGGGCCGGAUGUCGAUGGAUACUUCCACGGAAUUCGAGUUUGACCAUCUGAUCAUGCGCUCCAAGGUCUACAGAAGGGCACUCAGCCAAACUGAAGAUGAUGGAGAUCAGUCUGAGAGGCACAGCGAUGCUAUCUCGGACGGGGAAACAGUCAGUUAUGCGGCUACAGAACCACCAGCAUUAUCCAAGCAAUCCACAGCGGUGGGAAGCUCUGAAAACGAUUUGAAGGAGCUACAACAGAAGUAUACCGAUCUGAGAGAAAGACAUGAACAGCUGAACGACGAACAUCAGAAGCUCAAACAGAGCUUCUCUGAGCAGCGCAUCCAGCUCGAGGAGCUGAAGUCUCGAACGAUCGGCAGCCCUCUUGUCGACCUAGCGGACGAGAGAGGCGAGUUAGGCGCGAUUCGGAAUGCGAACCAUACGCCCUGUAAAGCCAGACUCAAUGCAAGCUUGAAGGAGAGGGCGAUGACUACUGGAUCACUUCAGCGGAAGAACGCGCGGUCCUCGAAAUACUUCCCUCAAAAGGAUCCUGGACGGGAGGAGCGACAGAUUUCCACAUCUCCCGUAGAGGAGCAGACUGAGAUCAGUCUGCCAAAACUUCAGGCCUCCAAUCGAUCACUAUCCAACCCCGUAGUGACAAUAACCCACCGCGGUAAUAAUGGUCCGGAACCCAGAUCUCCAUCAUUUUCCACGGACGCGCAGACGGAAGCCGGCUCGCCAACUGACCAGCCUCUAAGCCGCUCCCUCUCCGGUACCAUCUUAGUGACUCGGAAGCCCGCCCCCUCCGCUCCAGAUCCUACGAGCCCCUACAAAUACCUCGUUUCAGACGUAACCUUCCACCGGCACACCAGCGCCGCCCGACUCAGCAUCGGCUUCACCGUCUCACGGGUCACGCACCCGACCUACACCCUCGACUUCCUGGGCGUCGACCUCCGCUCCCCCUGGCCGCGCCGCUUCAAAGACGUCUCGUUCCUCUCGCCCCACCAGCAAGACGAGCUCGAAUGCCUGUUCUGCGCACUCGCGGGGUACGAGGCGUUUCUUGGUAUUGCGGACUGUCAGCACGUGCUUGAGCGCUUUGGGCUCGGGGCGAGGGAGAAGAGGCAGGUGUACGGGCUCCUCGGCGGAUGGCUCAUGGACCGCACGAGCGACUGCUACUGGAACUUUGAAGAGUUUGCCCUCGUCGCUUAUAUUCUUAAACGAGCCGAGAUGGGGAAUGGUGUGUUCAAGCUGCCGAGCAGUAUCCCGGAUAACAUCGCCGCGAGGGUCUGGGCGGACUCUUGA